AUGGCCGUCGUCGUGGCGCCCAGUAAGUUUUUUCUGUUGGGUAUUUUGAAAAAUUGACAAGUUACGGCUUAAAAAAUGUCAAAAUUAGUUAAAAUCCGGGAUUUUUUAAAGUCAUGGCUGUACACGUGAAGCCAUGUGAGUUUUUUUUUCGUGAUUAUUUUGAAAAAUUGACAAGUUUGGGCUCAAAAAAUGAUCAAAAUUAGGGAAAUUUGGUGAUUUUCAAGUCAUUUUUCUUUCGCUGGCUGUCUCAGGAGUCACUAUAAAGUUAGAGAAGCAAUUUUGGCUCCAGAAUUUUUCAAUUCAAACCGAAUUUUUCUCAAUAAAAUAAAGAUUUCGUUCAUUUUUUCAAAUUUUGUCCCUCCGGAGGUUUCCGAGGGGUCACUCAAGGGUUUUGAAGCCCCUAAAAUGGUCACUAAAAGUUCCCAGAACGUUCGGACGUUUCUGAGCGUUUCAAGGGAUCACUUAAGGGUUUCGACGCCCCUAAAGUGGUCACUAGAGAAGUGCAGAACGUCAGGAUUGUGUUAGCAAGGUCAGAUUUACUACGCUAGAAUCUCGGUAAGCGAUUCUAGGAAUCACUUAAGGGUUUUGAUGCCCCUAAAGUGGUCGUUUCCGGACGUAUCUGAGCGAUUCAAGGGAUCAUUUUAGGGUUUUCACGCCCCUAAAGUGGUCCCUAGAUAUGUCCUGACACGUCCGGUUCGCGUAAGAAAGGUCAACGAAAUAACUCGGUAACAAAACCCGGAAGUUUUGAAAAAUUCUAGGGAUCAUUCAAGGGUUUUAACGCCUCUAAAGUGGUCACUAAAAAUGAACAGAGCGUCCGGAUUCCGUCAGCAAGGUCAGAUUAACUGUUAUCGAGCCUCGGUAACGAAACGGGACAUUUCUGAGCAACUCUAGGGACCACUCAAGGGUUUUGACGCCUCUAAAGUGGUCACUAGAAAUGCCCUGACAAGUCCGGUCGUUUCUGAGCGAUUCAAGGGAUCACUAGAAACGCGUCCGGUUCGUGUUACCCUGUUGAAAGAAAUUUGUCCAUGGAGCAACUUUUCUCCAUUUUCCAGCUUCGUUUGGUUCCGAAUUUUAUUUCAACUAUCCCGGUAUACUCUUUUCGAAAAUCAUUCGCAUUUUUGACAUUGUAAUUUCCACAUGAGACCCUCGAAACCUCGCUGAGGUCAGAUCAACUGCAAUUUAUAAAAAAUCGCCAAUUUUUAUUGAAAAAACCCUUGGAUUUUCCCUAAACUGGGCAUUUCUGCAAAGAAAUCAAGAAAAAGCCGUCCCCCGACACUUCCGGUAUUUCAUAAGGGAACGAGGCCGGAAAGCAACUCUUUUUGGCGUUUUGCCAGUGGUCAGGAACCUCCAAUAUUUCGCCGUGGGCGAAAGGACCACGAAAGGAAUGGCCCUCCAAGGCUUCCUGAAUGUUUCUAUAGCGACAACCUUCUGGACGUGUUUCUAUUACGUUCCUUUUUGACCCUUUACUUCGGAUCGGACGUCUUUAAAAUGCGGACAGAUGUAUUUUUCAUUAAGAACUUGAUAAUUUGAGCAAUCUUUAUUCCAGUAUAGUGACCUUCUGUAGGUAUUUCACAACAAUCCUUCACUUUUUGACCCUUUUUUUUUUGAUCGGACGUCUUUAAAGUGCGGACAGAUGUAUUGUUCAUCAGGGAUUUGAUAAAUUGAGCAAUAUUUAUUGCAGCAUAGUGAUCUUCUGUAGAAAUUCUACGAAAAUCCUUCAUUUUGGACCCUUUACUUCGGAUCGGACGUUUUUAAAGUGCGGACAGAUGUAUUUUUCAUCAGGGAUUUGAUAAAUUGAGCAAUAUUUAUUGCAGCAUAGUGAUCUUCUGUAGGAAUUUUACAAAAAUCCUUCCUUUUUGACUCUUAACUUUGGAUCGAACGUCUUUAAAGUGCGGACAGAUGUAUUUUUCAUCAAGGGCUUGAUAAAAUGAGCAAUCUUCAUUGCAGUAUAGUGAUUAUCUGUAGGUAUUCCACACAAAUCCUUCAUUUUUUGAAUCUUUACUUUGGAUCGGACGUCUUUAAAGGGCGGACAGAUGUAUUUUUCAUUGAGAACUUGAUAAAUUGAGAUUUCAGCUCUAUAUUGCAGUACAUCUGUAGGUAUUUUUCUCAAAUUCUUUUAUUUUUCUUUGGUCGGACGUCUUUAAAGUGCGGACAGAUGUAUUUUUCAUCGAGGAUUUGAUAAAUUGAGCAGUAUUUAUUGCAGCAUAGUGAUCUUCUGUAGGAAUUUUACAAAAAUCCUUCACUUUUUGACCCUUUUUUUUGAUCGGACGUCUUUAAAGUGCGGACAGAUGUAUUUUUCAAGGAAUAAUCGAUUAAUUUAGAUGUUAAGUUUCAGAUUUUAAUAGAAACUAUAGCCGUAGUUUCAAAAAAAAAAACCUCUGAGUUACAAUUUUUGCAUAAUUUCCCGUAUUUUUUUCGGUUUUUUUACGCCAGAGCAUCUUCAAAAAUCGAAAACAUUCCAUAAAACUUUUUUUUUGAUUUUUUGAAUCCGUCCGGUGUUUUUUUAUGUAGUUCAAUCCCAUUGAGAUUUUUGAAACUUGGUUCAAAAAUUUUUCGAUAAUAAAAGGUUUUUGCUCUCUUUUGCAAAAGAAAAUGGAAAAUCGGGAAACUGAACAAAUUUUUGCUCGAUUUCCGAUUUUCCACGACUAAUGAGUAAAUUGUUGAAACUAGUAAAUUUCAACAAUCUUUGAGCGGUUCGGAACGGCUUUCCAGCCGCAAUUAACCGCCGAGGGGGAUAAUUAGAGCCCAUAUCAGAGCAACUUCCACCUGUGUGGGAAAUUCCUAGGAAAUUGACGUCGUUCCGGUCAAAAUCUUGUUCGUUUUUGGGUUCUGUGCGGUUGAAUUUCGCGCUUUUUCUGGUUUAAAUUAGAAAAAAGGUUAAGGGAGCCGAUUUUUUUUGGUUCAAAAAGAGUUUUUUUCAAUUUUAUAUCCAGUAAUAAUUGUAGUUUCAACCUUAUGAAUCGCUGCGAUUCAAGCUUUUUUUGUAACUGGAAUCAGAAAUUUUGAACCUUCUUGAUUAUUUUUUUCAUUGUUUUUUUAUUGGUUUUUAAAUAUUUCUUAUAGAAAUUUAGGCGGGAAGGAAGGGUUUUGUGAGGUUUUUUUGGUUAUAAAACACUAUUUAAAAAUCAAAAAGGAUACUUUUUCAAAGGUCUUGGGGAUUCAGGAAUAUCCUUCUUCAAAAUAAAAUUGUGAAGAAAAGUCGGUUUUUCGCUAAAAAAUGAAGCUUCAAGUCAUUUUUUUUCUAGCCUCAGAAACUCCUACUAAUAAUUCAUUAUUUCAAUUUCCAGAAAUGACGCUGCGGAACAUCUGCAGCAGCCUGGUCUUCAUUGUGAUUCUGGCCAGCUGCGUGGCUCUUUUUGUCCUUCACAGCUUGUACUUCAUCUUCAGAACUGCCUCCCAGACCGAGAAACAAGAACUGAAAACGUAAAAAAUUCCUUUUUCCCCAACUUAAUCCAAUUUUCAGUGUCGACGAAGACCAGCUUUUCAUUCCGUCGUUGGUGAUUUGCAAUCGGAUGCCAUUCUCGCAGGACGGCGUCAACGCGGUCAAUGUCAAUAUGCGACAGGACGCCGCGUUGAGGUGUGGCAUCGGUGGUUCAGUGGUAGAAUGCUCGCCUGCCACGCGGGCGGCCCGGGUUCGAUUCCCGGCCGAUGCAAUCUCCUUUUUGCCGACUUUUUUUUUUGAUUAUUUAGGGUUUUUUUUUAGUUGGAAGCGUCUAGAGGCUAAUGGCUGCUGAUACUUUGAUGCAUUUCUUCUCAGUUUUGUAGAUUCUGAGCAUUUUUUUUUUGACUUGGUUUUCUAUAGAGGAGAAAGAAAAGAGUCGUCGGCAUCUGUUAAGGGUGAAAAAUUGAAAAAAAAAAUCCAGACUUUCAAUAUAAUAAAAUAAAUCAAAAAAACGUCUCCACAGGCUUUCCUAGGUUCACUUCAACAAAUUUUCUAAUGCGCAACAUGAAACAUCAGAAAAAGCACCCAUUGAGCUGAAAAUUUCAUUGAAUUAUACUACUAUCACCUUAAAAUGAUCCAAUAACUCGAGACAAUUUCAAUAAUGGGUCUCACCGCGAAAGAAACAGCUGCGCUUGAGGCUACUGUAGGCUUUCCUCUUUUCUUUUUUCUUUCUUUUUGUCGGACCAAGUCUGGACGUUUUCGUUUUUAUUUUUAGGUGUAAAAUUAGAUAAAAAUGAGUGGCUUCUGUACAAUAAGAAAAAUCGGGGGUAAUCCGGUUCAUAUCGACAACACAGCCAAAAAAGACUUGAAAACUGUCCUCCUCAGCUUUUUUUCUGCUUUAAUUUCCUUUUUUUACUAAUGCUCAAGAUUUAUUAUAAAUAGAAAUGACUAUUAGGUUAAAAUGUUCCUCAGAACCUAGGGUGUCCACCUUAAAACAAUCCAACUUGUCGGGAAAGCGUCCGUUUUUGGUUUCGCCGCGAAAGAAAGCAGCUGCCCUUGAGGCUACUGUAGGCUGUUCGUCUUGCUUCUACUCUUGUUAUUUUAGCGAUUCCCGGAAGUUUUUGAGGUGGUUUUUUAAAAAUAAGUACUGGCAAUUAUUCUGAAUCACUUUUAAGCUGGAAAAGGUUUUUCUUUUGCAAUUUUCAUAGAUUUUCAUAAUGUACAGGAUGAACAACAAUUAGAAGUAUUAAUUUAGCUUGAAAAAAUCUUGAAUUCUAGCGCUACCGCCUUAAAACAAUCGAAGAACGGCAGAAGAUCUUCAUGUUGGGUUUCACCGCGAAAGAAAGCAGCUGCGCUUGAGGCUACUGUAGGCUAUUUGUUUUUGCUUUUUACUGUUCUUAUUUUAGUGAUUCUCGGAAGUUUUUUUGAGGUGGUUUUUUUCAGAAUCAGAAUUCGCAAAUACUCUGAAUAACUUUUAAGCUGGAAAAGCCAUUAUGAAUUUCAUUCCGGAUCGUUUUAUAAUCAAAAAAAUACACAAAAAAACUUGGAAAAAAAUGUUUUUUUCCAUGCAGUGUUCAAGGAUUUUCCUAAUGUUCAAGGUGAACAACGAUUAGGAGUAUUCAUUUGAUUUAAAAAAUUUUUGAAUCCUAGUGCUACCACCUUAAAACAAUCAAAAAACAGACUGAAAAUUUUCAUGUUGGGUUUCGCCGCGAAAGAAAGCAGAUGCUCUUGAGGCUACUGUAGGUUACUUUUCUUGCUUUCACUCUGGUAUUAUCAGGAUUGUCAAUAAGUUUUCGAAGUGGUUUUUUAAAAACAAGGAUCGGCAACUAUUCUGAAUCACUUUUAAGCUGAAAAAGGCGAUAAGAAUUUCUUUCUGGCUUGUUUUAUGAGCAGAAAAUACAAAAAAGCUUGGCAAAAAGGUACUUUUAAUGCAAAUUUUAUGGAUUUUCUUAAUUUUUAGGGUUAAAAACAAUCAGGAGUAUUCAUACAGCUCGAAAAAUUCUUAAAUCCCAGUGCUACCACCUUAAAACAAUCGAAAGAACGACUGAAGAUCUUCAUGUUGGGUUUCGCCGCGAAAGAAAGCAGCUGCGCUUGAGGCUACUGUAGGCUAUUCGUCUGGCUUUCACUCUUGCUAUUUUAGUGAAUCCCGGGAUUUUUUUAAAUAGUUUUUCAGAAUGAGGAUUCCCAAUUACUCUGAAUAACUUUCAAACUGAGAAAGCUGAUAAAAAUUUCAUUCUGGCUUGUUUUAUAAUUAAAAAAUACACAAAAAAGUAGGCAAAAAGGUUUUUUUAAAGCAUUUUCAUAGAUCUUCCUAAUUUUUAUGGUGAGCAACGAAUAGAAGUAUUCAUUUAGCUCAAAAAAGUUCUUAAAUCCUAGUGUAACCACCUUAAAACAAUCGAAGAACGACAGAAGAUCUUCAUGUUGGGUUUCGCCGCGAAAGAAAGCAGCUGUCAUGGAGGCUACUGUAGGCUGUUCGUCUUGCUGUUACUCUUGUUAUUUUAGCGGUUCCCGGAAGUUUUUGAGGAAGUUUUUUUGAAUAAGAAUUUGCAAUUAUUCUGAAUAACUUUUAAGCCAAAAAAGCCGAUAAGAAUUUUAUUCUGGCUUGUUUUAUCAUCAAAAAAUACAAAAAAGCUUGGAAAAAAGGUACUUUUGAUGCAAAUUUCAUGGAUUUUCCUAAUGUUUAGGGUGAAAAACGAAAAGAAGUAUUCAUUUAGCUCAAAAACUCCUCAAAUCCUAGUGUUAUCACCUUAAAACAAUCAAAAAACAGACUGAAAAUCUUCAUGUUGGGUCUCACCGCGAAAGAAAGCAGAUGCCCUUGAGGCUACUGUAGGCUAUUCUCUUGCUUUUACUCUUUUUAUUUUAGCGAUCCCCAGAAGUUUUUGAGGUGGUUUUUUUAAGAGUAAGUACUGGCAACUGUUCUGAAUAACUUUUAAGCUGAAAAAGCCGAUAAGAAAUUCAUUCUGGCUUAUUUUAUAAUCAAAAAAUACCCAAAAACUUGAAAUAAAUGUUUUUUCCAUGCAGUGUUCGAGGAUUUUCCUAAUGUUUAUGGUUAACAACGAUCAGGAGUGUUUAUUUAGUUCGCAAAAUUCUUAAGUCCUAGUGCUGCCACCUUAAAACAAUCAAAACAUAGGCUCAAGAUUUUUAUGUUGGGUUUCACCGCGAAAGAAAGCAGCUGUCAUUAAGGUUACUGUACACUAUUUCUUUGCUUUUAUUUUUGUUUCUUAGCACUGGAAAAACGUUUUUGAGAUGGUUUUUCAAAAAUAAGGAUUGUCAACUAUUCUGAAUUACUUUUAAGCUGGUAAAGCCCGUAAGAAUUAGAUUCUGGCUUGUUUUAUAAUCAAAAAAUACACAAAAGCCUGGCAAAAAGGUAUUUUUUUAAUGCAAAUUUCAUAGACUUUUUCAAAUGAUUAGAUACAAUAACGAACAGGAGUGUUCAUUCAGUUCAAAAACUUCUCAAAUCCUGGUGUUACCACCUUAAAACAAUCAAAAAACAGACUCAAGAUUUUUAUGUUGGGUUUCGCCGCGAAAGAAAGCAGCUGUCCUUGAGGCUACUGUAGGCUACUCCACUUACUUUUACUCUUGUUUUUUUCAGGAUUUUCAACAGGUUUUCGAGGUAGUAUUUUGGAUAAAGAUUUGCAAUCAUUAACUUUUAAGCUAAGAAAGCCCGUAAGAAUUUGAUUCUAGCUUGUUUUUUAAUCAAAAAAUACACAAAAGCUUGGCAAAAGGGUAUUUACAUCGUAAUAUUCAUAGAUAUUUCUAAUGUUUAUGGUAAACAACGAAUAGAAGUAUUCAUUCAGCUUGAAAAAAACUUGAAUCCUAGUGUUACCACCCUAAAACAAUCGAAAAACGUUUGAAAAUCUUCAUGUUGGGUUUCGCCGCGAAAGAAAGCAGCUGCCCUUGAGGCUACUGUAGGCCAUUCGUUUUGUUUUUAAUCUUGUUAUUUUAGCGAUUCUCAAGAGUUUUCGUUGAAUUCUACGAGGACCUGAGGUUGAAAACAAUUUAAGAAUCUUUUUAGAGUUGAAAUAUCGAUUAAAUUUCAUGCUCCCUCGUUUUAUAAUCGAAAAAGGCUCAAAAACUUGGUCAAACCGUUUUUUCUGUACAACUUUCCAGGAACCGCCUAAUGCUUAGGGUGUAUUAUAAUCAGAACUAGACCCUAAAAAGAAAAAAUUCUCAGAAUAUAGUAAUUUGGCUUUAAAACAAUCCAAAAUCUUCUGAGAAUCUCAGUGUUGGGUUUCACCACGAAGGAAUUCAACUGUCCUGAGACUACUGUAGAUUAUUCUUUUCGACUUUUCUGGGUUUUUUAACUGGUUUUGAUUGUUUUUUUUUAUAGAUAACUAGUCAUUUUUGUUAUUUCGAUCCAAAAAAAUCCGUUUGAAACACGUGCUACCCACUUCUUACGUCCCUCUGCCGGAAAAAUGCAUUUCGAAAUUUUUUUCCCUAUUUUUUUAAAAUUUUAAGAUCUUCGAAAAAUAAUAUUGCAGGUACCUUCUGGAAUGGACGAAUCCAUCGAUGCGAGAAGCGGCCGAUUUUUCCACACAACCUAUCGCUUUCAUGCAACAAGGUCUUUUUUCAGAAAUAGCCAAUUUUGUGUUUUUCGCUAAUUUGAUUGAAUUAUUUUGAUAUUUUGAACUGUUUUAGGUACGUUGAGGAUUUUUUUUUAGCUUUUUAGUGUUUUUUGUGGAAAUUUAGUGCUUUUGAAAGUUUUUUGUUACGAUUUUAAGCGGAAAAUCUUCAUGGAAAUUCAUUUUUCAGAACUUGCAGCAUUGAUAAUUUAUAAAAUACACGUUUUUUGUAUGGUUUGAAAGUUUUAAGUUUGAUGAUUUUCUAUGAAGAGUCCAAUAUGCUUGAAAUCAUCAACUUGAACCUAUUCAUCUUGAAUUUUUCUAACAAUUACGCUCCUCUGACAAUACAGUACACAUAAUUUCAGGCCAAAACACCGUCAUGCAAUAUUUGAGCACGAAUAAUCGCAAUCAAACGCUCUCCUCGAUGCAAUAUCAGUGUCAAAGCGUCAUCAACAGCUGUAGUUUUCAGGUUUUAAAAGAUUAUACUCUAUUCACAGCUAGCUUGUCUCAAAAUGUCUUGGAAAUAUAAGUCUCAACCCAUAAUAAGACUUUCAAUCGAGACAAGGUCGCUAGCGCAGUUUUUCACCGAUUCGGGCUCAAAAACUGCAAAGAUUCCCGUAGUACGUCUUUUUUUUUCGUCCGCCUGUAUUUUUCCGUAGAGUGUUGUGUGUAGCGUGCAUGCACUGCGGCGCUCUCGCACAUACUGUACUCGGAAUAAUCUCGAAAUUUCUGAGAUUCGGUCAUAUUUUUCCCUCCCUGGUGGCUAUUUUGAAUUUCGCGGAAUCACUGUUAACACGGCAGCAAAAAUUGCGUUUUUAAUUUGGGAAACCGAUUCGUCUCAAGACCCAUUGAACAUGCGCCUUUAAUAAUCCCUGUUGCUUAGGCUUGUUUUUCAUGACGUCACAUGGGAACGACGAAGGUUUUGACCCCGCCCCUUCACUUUUGAUUUUGCAUUUUUUUUUUUCAAACCGGGGUAGGAAAGGAUUCGUCUCAAAUUUGAGCGGCAAUAAUUGAUUUGGCGGAUCUUCAUAGCUUUUUUCAAGCCCAGAUUUGAAAUAAGCUCAAAAUUUAGUCCAGGGGACCUGAAAAAAGCUCUUUACACCUCUGGGAAAAAAUGGCCGAAAAAAUUCUUUGAGAAAUUGCGCUCCACGGAUAACUUCAUUUUAUCUCGCUAUAGGGAUUCUAACACAGCUAAGGUUGAUUAAAAUGGUUUCAUUACCUCCCUAGGGUCCACUUGAGUGGUCAGAGCGAUUUUCUUCAGGAAUUAUUACUGUGGAAGUCGCGUUAAGACCUCUUUAAUGAUUUCUCGGGAAUUUUUGGUUUUUUCAACAAGCUAGCGGUGAAUUUAGUUUAUCAAGCAACUAAUAUUGAUUUUUAAUGAUUAGGGCAUCCAAUUAUCGUCGUUCGACUGCUGCCGCAAUUUGGUCACCUAUUUCCCCAGUACAAAUGGCCUAUGUUGGCUUUGGCGUGACGCCACCAUGUGGCAGAACUCCACCAGCGUCACCAAGCAGUUCAGCAUCACUUUCCAGGUUUCCUUUUAAGAUUAUAACAAGUAUAAAGUGUAAAAACUUGGAAAAAACGCUCAAAAAGUUCAGAUGACGAGAAAUUCCUGGUAUUCGCAGUUCGUUCAAGUCCAUCCCGGGGUCGACGUUUAUCUUCAGGUAUAGUUUUCAGGGGAAAAAAUCGAUUCUGAAGCUUGAAUACCUCUGAAACAUCGGCAAAAAGUUUGAAAAAUGCUCUAUAGAAAUGAAUCUUUUUGCUGCCUUUUUGCGACCUUUCAUCGGCCUUUAUGCACCAUUUUUGCUGCCUUUUUCUUUUCCCACCAUUUCUUGAGCCUUUAAAAUUCCUGAAAAAAUGCGAGGCUCGAUAAAGGGACUUUUUUUGAAGACUUUUUGAUGCCUUUUUGCGGUCAUUUUGCUGCCAUUUUGCUGCUUUUUUGCGCCAUCUUUUCGGUUACUGAGCACCAUUUUUGCAGCCUCUCCCUUUUUCCACCAUUUCUUGAGCCUUUGAAAUUCUGAAAAAAUGAGAGGCUCGAUGAAGGGACUCUUUUUGAAGCCUUUUUGAUGCCUUUUUGCGGCCUUUUUGCUGCCUUUUUGCGGCCAUUAUCCGCCAUUCCGAAUGUACUUGUGGUAGCAUAAAAAAUUGGAACAAAAUUCAUAGAUUCUAUGAAAUUUCAGAACCUUCAUAAAGGAUGAUCCUUCAAGAUCUACUUGAUCCGAUAAAAAACUUUUCAGGACGGUAAAAAUGACAUCAACCGUAUGGCGACGGAACUUGAGAACCCAAUAAGACUCAUGGACAAACGUGGAGUCCGACUUCUCAUGAAUAAACAGGUUGGUUUGAAAAAGGAGUGGAAAUAUUGAAAAAUAAGAUUGGAUUCAAAAAAAAAAAUCUUCGUCUGCUGGCUCUUCCAUGGUGACACUAAAAAAAAGCGCUAAAAUCACUUAAGUGAUCACUAAGAGGGUGGAGGGGUCUUGAAGAUCCUCCUAUCAAUUUAUAAGUUGUAAAAGUUCAAAUCAUUUUUUUCAUCACAAAAUGUUUUUCUAGCUUUCUCAAUGUAACACGAAAGAAAUUUUAACAUCACUUAAGUGGUCACUAAAAAGGGUUUGAGAACACCUGAAGCUCCGCCUUUUCACUUCGUGCCUGAAAAAAAGCUUUCAAAUAUUUAUUUCAAAUUAUUUUUUUGUAAUCGAAAAAAAUUAUUUUUUUCUGUCUCAAAGUUAACACUGAAAGAAGCGGCCCUUAAGUGAUCACUUUAUGAUUGAAGGAGACCUGACGCUCCGCCCUCUUUUACUAACUUUCCUAAGGCGACACUGAAGAAGCUUCAACAUCACUUAAGUGAUCACUAAAAGGGUUUUGAACACCUGAAGCUUCGCCUUUCACUUCAUGAGUUGGAAAAGCUUUCACAGAUUAUUCAAAUUAUUUUUUGUAAUCAAAAAUUAUUUUUCUGUCUCAAGUUAACACUAAAGAAGCGGCCCUUAAGUGAUCACUUUAUGACUGGAGAGGACCUGAAGCUCCGCCUUCUUUUACUAACUUUCCUAAGGCGACACUAAAGAAGCUUUAACAUUACUUAAGUGGUCACUAAAAAGGGUUUGAGAACACCUGAAGCUCCGCCUUUCACUUCGUGCCUGAAAAAACUUCAAAUAUUUUUUUCAAAUUAUUUUUUUGUAAUCAAAAAAAUUAUUUUUUUCUGUCUCAAGUUAACACUAAAGAAGCGGCCCUUAAGUGAUCACUUUAUGACUGGAGAGGGCCUGAAGCUCCGCCUUCUUUUACUAACUUUCCUAAGGCGACACUAAAGAAGCUUUAACAUUACUUAAGUGGUCACUAAAAGGGUUUGAGAACACCUGAAGCUCCGCCUUUCACUUCGUGCCUGAAAAAAAACUUCAAAUAUUUUUCAAAUUAUUUUUUGUAAUCAAAAAUUAUUUUUCUGUCUCAAGUUAACACUAAAGAAGCGGCCCUUAAGUGAUCACUUUAUGACUGGAGGAAACCUGAAGCUCCGCCUUCUUUUACUCACUUUCCUAAGGCGACACUAAAGAAGCUUUAACAUUACUUAAGUGGUCACUAAAAGGGUUUGAGAACACCUGAAGCUCCGCCUUUCACUUCGUGCCUGAAAAAAAACUUCAAAUAUUUUUCAAAUAAUUUUUUGUAAUCAAAAAUUAUUUUUCUGUCUCAAGUUAACACUAAAGAAGCGGCCCUUAAGUGAUCACUUUAUGACUGGAGGAAACCUGAAGCUCCGCCUUCUUUUACUUAGGGACCGCAGACGAAUUUUCAAAAAAAUUUUUUCAGCAUUGAUCUUUGUAUGGUUUGAUAGCUGUUCCGAUUCAAAACUCAGAACCGUUUAGUUUUUCGAAAAAGAUUGCGGAUGAAAAAAGUUAUGACGAAAAAUGUGGCGCGCCGCGCACCAUUUUUUUAGUACUGAAAUUUUGGUAUUAUCCAUUUUUUUGACAUUUUUUUCUCGAUUUUUUUCUUCUAGAACAAGUUUUGAUACUGGUUUAUUAUGAUGUAACAAAUCAUAAUAGAGUGCUAAAAUGAUGCUCAUCAGCUAGUUUGCCGAAAAAAAGUCGGUAUUUUUCCAGAAAAACAAAAAAACUGACGAUUGCGGGCAUCGAACUCGCGACCUCAAAAUGAAAAAAAUCGCAGCGCACGCGCUGCGCCAAGCUGUUAGGUAUAGCGAGGGGAGCUUCCAUCCGACAUAGCCUUGAGCCGUUUGAAUAGCACAGAUUGCCUAUUUCAAAAAGAAAAAAACUUGAAGAAAUUUAGCUAUUUUUUUCAGAAUAUGUUCGCAAAUCUUUACUCAAACCUUCCGUGGAAAUUCACUUCGAAAAAAACUGUUUUUUUAGUGCUUAUUUCCUCGUUUAACGAUCGCUGCCUUAAAAACGGCCCCGUAUAUUUUUUUGGCAAAGACGAAUUUUUUUAUUUUAUUCUUUUAAUUGAAAGAUUUUUUUAUUAAUAAAUGUAUAUAAUCGUUUAAAAAAACCUGCGUUCGACCGCUUUCUGUGUGAUAAACGCCGCUAAUUUUUAUUCUCUAGUUUCAAGAGCAUUUUUUUGUGUAUUAAACAACUUUUUUUCAAGCACAUAUUCUGUGGAGAAAUAUUUAAGUAAGCCCAUGGUCUAAAUUUAAAAACAAAAAAACUCGAUUAUAUUCGCUUAUUAACGAUAUUUUGAAUCAUGACUUUCGGCACUCCCUAAAAAUUUUUUUGGCAAAGACGAAUUUUUUUAUUUUAUUGUUUUAAAAUUACCGUUACUUGAAUCAAAAAUCAUUAUUUAAAAAAAGAAAGAGUGCGUUCGACCUGAAAAACACACGAAAAAAAGCAAAAAAAUGACAAAAAUUUUUAGUUCCAUUCACGUUUUUUUGUACGACAUUCCGCGAGAACGCAUCAAAAAAAGCGUGAAAUAUUUUUUUAAACGAAAGAGGAAGCUUUUCUGUACAUGUGUGUCAAAUUUUAUUAGCCAGUUCCACAUAUUUUGCAACUACAACAAAAUGAAAGUUGAAAACCAAAAAAAAGCCACUUUUUCUAUCGCGAAAAGGGGCGUGGCUUUGCGGUCCCUACUUUUACUAACUUUCCUAAGGCGACACUAAAGAAGCUUUAACAUUACUUAAGUGGUCACUAAAAAGGGUUUGAGAACACCUGAAGCUCCGCCUUUCACUUCGUGCCUGAAAAAAAACUUCAAAUAUUUUUCAAAUUAUUUUUUGUAAUCAAAAAUUAUUUUUCUGUCUCAAGUUAACACUAAAGAAGCGGCCCUUAAGUGAUCACUUUAUGACUGGAGGAAACCUGAAGCUCCGCCUUCUUUUACUCACUUUCCUAAGGCGACACUAAAGAAGCUUUAACAUUACUUAAGUGGUCACUAAAAGGGUUUGAGAACACCUGAAGCUCCGCCUUUCACUUCGUGCCUGAAAAAAAAACUUCAAAUAUUUUUCAAAUUAUUUUUUGUAAUCAAAAAUUAUUUUUCUGUCUCAAGUUAACACUAAAGAAGCGGCCCUUAAGUGAUCACUUUAUGACUGGAGAGGGCCUGAAGCUCCGCCUUCUUUUACUAACUUUCCUAAGGCGACACUAAAGAAGCUUUAACAUUACUUAAGUGGUCACUAAAAGGGUUUGAGAACACCUGAAGCUCCGCCUUUCACUUCGUGCCUGAAAAAAAAACUUCAAAUAUUUUUCAAAUUAUUUUUUGUAAUCAAAAAUUAUUUUUCUGUCUCAAGUUAACACUAAAGAAGCGGCCCUUAAGUGAUCACUUUAUGACUGGAGGAAACCUGAAGCUCCGCCUUCUUUUACUCACUUUCCUAAGGCGACACUAAAGAAGCUUUUAACAUUACUUAAGUGGUCACUAAAAGGGUUUUGAACACCUGAAGCUCCGCCUUUCACUGCAUGAGUUGGAAAAGCUUUUACAGAUUAUUCAAAUUAUUUUUUUCAAUUAUAAAUUAAUUUGCUAGUACACUAACGUUAUCACUGAAGAAGAUAGAAACACUUAAGUGAUCACUAAAAGGAUGAAGGAGACCUAAAGCUCCACUUUCUUUUGCUCUAACACUAAAUAAGCGAUCGCGCAGCUUAAGUAACCACUUGAAGUAUUAAGCUCCGCCUUCUUUCUCAAGGUAACACUAAAGAAGCUUCAACAUCCCUUAAGUGAUCACUAAAAGGAUUAUGGACAGCUUAAGCCCCUCCUAUCAAUUUAUAUAAUGGGAAAGCUUCUACAAAUUUUUUUUUCGUGAUUUUCUUCAAAAAAAAGUCCGACUUUUUGCAGGAAAGAGCCGACAUCAGACGCCCUGAAUGCGGCCAAUCCCUUGGAGACGCUCGAAGAUCCGACCGACACGCUUUUGAGCACAAUAAUACCAAUUACUUGAUUUGUGAACUCAUGGUGAUUUAUUUCAUCAGGGGAUUUUUCAUCAGAACCAUUGGAAAUGACAUUGGGAACCGUCAUACUAGAUUUGGCUUGUUUUGAAACUGUCAUGGCCGCAUUUGGAAUGGAUUAACGUGUCGCGGUCGCUUAACGACUUGAAAAAUAAUGUUCCCCGCUCGAGAUUUUUGUACUUCGUGGCUGCAGAAAAUCAAAAAAAGCCAUUCCAAAUGCGGCCACGAAGAUUUGAAAAAAACCUUCAAAAAUCUAUACUAAAUAUUGUUAAAACAGAUCUCAAACAGAGUUAGUCCAAAAAAAAAAACGACAAAAAUCACUGGUCGCAUUGGGAAUGGCUAGGCGCGUCGCGGUCGGAACUAGAAAUUCAAACAUUUCUCAAAAUUGCGAUAUGACUCCAAGCGCAAGUCGUUUCAAAGUCGGUCGAGCAAGAUUAAUGUGAUACCUAUUUCACGGCUGGCUUGAUUAAUCGAAAAGGGUUCUGGCACGAAAAAAUAAGAGACUGUUUAGUUCGUGGAGGGCGCAGACAGGACACGCCCCAAGCUAGCCGUGAAUAGACUUUAUUUCUAAAUUUGAAAAAAAAAACUUUCAGGUCGCCAUGCGGUACUGCAACUGUCACCCGUUGAUCGCUGAGAUGCUUCAAUUUGAUCCUGUCAAGUUUAGGUUCGUUUUAGUCGAUUCACUAGUAUUUUAACUCAAUUUUCAAAAUCAAAGCUUUAAAUUGUGUUGUAAUUUGUUUUUCUCGAAACUAUCUCAUUUUUACGUACUAUUUCCAUGUUUCUCUGCUCUUUUUCGUGAUGUAACAAAGACGCAGACGCUCGAAAAACAUCAAAUCGCGCCAAACGAACUAUAGAAAUCUCAAAUAGGGUAGCUAGAGAACUUGCCGUUUUCAGAGACCCUUCAAAAUCUUAGAAAAUGCUAACUGGUUUAGUAGCGAGACCACCAUUGAUAGUUUUUUCGUGUCCAUUUACCAAAAAUAUACUUUCGAAGCGUCUCUCAAUACGACUAGAAAGUUUGAAUUGUAAGAAAUUAGGGUUACCCCCGUUUUUUUCAGAGCUUAAAAUGUAGCUGAACCAAAUUGAGACGGUUUUUCAGAGACUUCAACAGCCGUGUUUUGUCCACGAGCGUCUGUAGCGUCGAAGCCUACGAUAACUGUGCGAGAAGAUACGUUGACAUCGCUCGGAUCGAAAACUGGAACGAAAAAAUUCCCAACGAUUUGCCCGGCCGCGAUGACGCUGAGAAAUGCCGCAGGUACAUGAAAAAGCCUUUAAAAGCGAAUUUGAAGCUUUAAAUUUGAAUUUUCAGGUUUAUUCAUAGCUCAGACUAGAGCUCGAAGUUUUUUGAGUUAAAACCUUGAAACAAAAUUCAAAAAGCAUUCUAAAAUCAGAUUUUGAAAAAAUACUUUUUGAAAGGUUUUUUUGAAUGAUUAAUACCGGUUUCUUCAUACAAAACAAUAAAUAAAGGAAAAAAAUCGAUAAGUUGAUUUUUAGCGACAAUCAUCGCAGUUGCUUGAUCACCUCCUACCCAGGGAACCAUUGAGGGCUAUGAUCUCCCCGAAGAGUAUCGAAAUACUCAGGUUUUAACCCAAAAUCAGCUUUAAAUUCAUACUAAAAUUCAGGAUUACGUGUCCCGACUGGUCUUGGAAUACAGCACGAUGAAAAAGACGGAAAUUCUAUUGUCCAAAGAUCCCAAUAUUUACGAAUUGCUCAGCUACAUCGGAUACAAUAUUGCCUUGUGGUUCACUAUUGGCCAUAUUUUGUGGUAGUUCUCCAGUUUUCCAAAUUUUCACUUCAUUCUCUGAUUCAGGAGCUUGUUCGCAAUGUCGCGCAACGUUUGCUGUCCGAGAUCGACCAAGGUGCGAUUUAUUCGAAUUUUUGUGUACUGUAGCAGUGAAAUGUGUGAGCACCGGCGUGCUUGCGUAUUUUGAGCUACGGUGGUUUUAGCAUUAAAUUUUUUUUUGUUAUUUUGUUCUCUCUGUUUUUUAAAUCAACUUUUUGAUUUUUAUUCGCAGAUUGUGCCUGGCGACAGGAAAAGAGUUGCGAUUUCGACGCCCACACCGAUUCUGGUCGAAUCGACGCCGGCCACGGUGAUUGAAGAGACGACGGAAGGCGAAAUCUGA